UGAAGCAGCUGCUGAAAAGCUUCGAGUCGCUGCGCUUCACCACCGCUCGCAGCGCAAGUGGGAAGAUGAAGGGGAGCCACUCGAUGAAGAGGCACCGCAUCACCAGACAUAUCUUGCAUGGUGAUGGUUGCACUGAAGCCAGCACGCGCUCCAGCCGCUCUGGGGCUCGUUGCCGGAACUCAGUCACCUCCUCUGCUGAUGAGCAGCCACACAUCGGCAAUUAUCGCCUGCUGAAAACCAUAGGCAAGGGCAACUUUGCCAAGGUCAAGCUGGCACGGCACAUCCUCACAGGCAGAGAGGUUGCAAUAAAAAUCAUAGACAAGACUCAGCUGAAUCCUACAAGUCUCCAGAAGCUUUUCAGGGAAGUCCGAAUAAUGAAGAUUUUAAAUCAUCCAAACAUAGUCAAGCUGUUUGAAGUCAUUGAAAUGGAGAAGACUCUGUACUUGGUGAUGGAGUACGCCAGUGGAGGGGAGGUCUUCGACUACCUUGUUGCACAUGGGAGGCUGAAGGAAAAGGAGGCCAGAGCUAAAUUUAGACAGAUUAUGUCUGCAGUGCAGUACUGCCACCAGAAGCACGUAGUACACAGAGAUCUUAAGGCAGAGAACCUCCUGCUGGAUGCUGACAUGAACAUUAAAAUUGCUGACUUUGGCUUCAGCAAUGAGUUCACCCUGGGGAACAAGCUGGAUACAUUUUGUGGCAGCCCCCCCUAUGCAGCGCCUGAACUCUUCCAGGGCAAGAAGUAUGAUGGACCUGAGGUGGAUGUGUGGAGCCUGGGAGUGAUCCUCUACACGCUGGUCAGUGGAUCGCUGCCUUUUGAUGGUCAAAACCUGAAGGAACUGCGUGAGCGUGUGCUCAGGGGAAAGUACAGGAUCCCUUUCUACAUGUCCACAGACUGCGAGAACCUGCUCAAGCGCUUCCUGGUGCUGAACCCAGCCAAACGGGGCACGCUUGAGGAGAUCAUGAAGGACCGCUGGAUUAAUGCAGGAUUUGAGGAGGAUGAGCUGAAGCCAUUUGUGGAACCCUUGCUGGACAUCUCUGACCAGAAGAGAAUAGACAUCAUGGUGGGCAUGGGCUACUCCCGUGACGAAAUUCACGAUUCUCUGGCACGGAUGAAGUACAACGAAAUCGCUGCCACCUACCUGCUGCUUGGGAGGAAGUCCUCAGAGCUUGAAAGCGGUGACUCCAACUCUACCAACAACUUGACAGUGCCCAAAACCAGGCCCAGGGGCGAGCUCAACAAUGGUCCGUCGCCCACACACCUAAAUGUGCAGAGAAGUGUCUCCUCUAAUCAGAAGCAGAGGUGGUACAGUAACCAGGAUGGCCCACCCAUUUCCUCUGGGGGAGGAUACCACAAAAGGAGCCAGAACACCACAGCAGAUGCUAACCUUAAGGAGGAAGAUGGGGUGCAGCCACGCAAAUCCAGCACAGCAGGGGCACAAAGCCUGCCCCCCCAUAGCCCGAUGCUGGGCAAUGCUAGCAACCCCAACAAGGCUGACAUUCCAGACCGCAAGAAGAGCUCUGCAUCAACUCCCACUGGUAACCCAGUGUCUGCUGGGAUGACCCGGCGAAAUACAUAUGUAUGCAGUGAGAGGAGCCCAACUGACCAUCUCUCCAUCAUUCAGAACGGCAAGGAGAACAGUCUGCUGGUACCAGCAGUCCAGCGGACUGCAGUGGCCUCUACCCACAGCAUUAGCAGUGUCACUCCUCCGGACCGACUCCAUUUCCCACGUGGCACAGCCAGCCGUAACACUUUCCAUGGUGGGCAGUUUCGGGAGCGUCACACGACCACCUACAAUGGACCUCCUGCCUCACCAACCCUGUCUCAUGAUGCCACACCCCUAUCACCGUCUCGUGGCCGUGGUUCCUCCAACCUUUUCACCAAGAUCACCUCAAAGCUCACACGCAGAGUAUCUCCUCACAAGAAAGAGACAUCUGGAGGAACGGGUAGACAUUACCAUAAACUCUUGUCUUCCAGCAGUCGCAAUGUAUUUGGGGAUCAAAAAGACGAAAACAAAGACAUCAAGCCCCGCUCCCUGCGAUUCACCUGGAGUAUGAAGACCACUAGCUCCAUGGAGCCUGAUAGGAUGAUGCAUGAGAUCCGAAAGGUGCUGGAUGCCAAUAACUGCGACUAUGAGCAGCGUGAGCACUUCCUGUUGCUCUGUGUCCAUGGCGAUGGUCACACCGAGAGCCUCGUCCAGUGGGAGAUGGAGGUGUGCAAGCUGCCCCGCCUGUCACUCAAUGGGGUGCGCUUCAAGAGGAUAUCAGGAACCUCUGUUGCUUUCAAGAACGUUGCUUCCAAAAUUGCCAGUGAAUUAAAUCUAUGAAACAAAAAACACAAAAAAACUCAGCACACAAAAUGUAUGGAAAAUCAGUGCAUCUUUUGAAGUAGCAGUUUCAGAAAUUAUUUCUCUAAAAUGCCAAGUAUGUACUGGAAAUAUUGUAUAGA